CUGUUAAGCCACGGCGCUGGCCGAAUAAAUCAAUCUUUUAAAAAAGAUUUUAAAAACUAAGUUUAUUUUGGGGCAAAGAAGAUUUUGAAAUACAUGUACUUUUUUUUUUCAUCAUAGAGUCUUUGCCAUAAACUUUAGAAAAACCCCUUGCAUAGUCACAUUUGUUUCUGCCUGCAUCUUUCUUGUGGUAGAUUUGGGUUUCUGGGUCUCUUUCUGCUGCUGUAGCCUCCAGGGAGCUGUCUGGAUGUUAAGUGAACCUCCUGGAACCCUCGAGAUGUGUACUUCAUACAGUGAAAGAAUUCUGAUCCCAGGAGGGGACAGCUGGAGCAAUGGGUAAAUGCAUUGUCCCUGGCAGAAAUGGGAUUUGCGCUCUAUGUCUCCUUCCAGGGAGCUGUAUUUUUUUUUUUUUUUUAAAGAUUUAUUUGAAAGGCAGAGUUACAGAAAGAGAGAGGGAGACAGAGAGUUGAUCUUCCAUUUGCUGGUUCUCUCCCCAAUUGGCUGCAACAGCCAGAGCCGAACUGACCUGAAGCCAGGAGCCAGAAACUCCACCCGGGUCUCCCACAUGAGUGCAGGGGCCCAGGCACUUGGGCCAUCUUCUACUUUUUCCCAGACACACUAGCAGGGAACUGGAUCAGAAGUGGAGCAGCAAGGACUCAAACCAGGGUGCUUAUGGGAUGCCGGCACCGUAGGAGGCAGUUUUACCCGCUGUGCCAUAGUGCUGGCCCCGGCAAGUGCACCAGUAAUGGAGUUCAUGAGCACUGGAAGUGACGAUAAAGAAGAACUCGACUUACUGAUCAAACAUUUAAACAUGUCCGACGUCAUAGACAUUAUGGAAAAUCUUUACAGGAGCGAAGAGCCGCCGGUUUACGAACCCAGCCUCAUGACCGUGUGUCCGGACAGCAAUCAGAACGAGGAGCCGGCGGACUCACUGCUGUCCUCAGUCAGAUAUGGAACCGUGGAGGACUUGCUUGCUUUUGCAAACCACAUAUCCAACUCGGCAAAGCGUUUUUACGGACGGCGCCCCCAGGAGGCUGGCAUUCUACUAAAUAUGGUCAUCACCCCCCAGAAUGGCCGGUACCAGAUCGACUCUGACGUGCUCCUCGUCCCCUGGAAGCUGACUUACAGGAACAUCGGCUCUGAUUUCAUUCCUCGCGGGGCCUUCGGCAAAGUGUACCUCGCCCAGGAUAUCAAGACGAAGAAGAGAAUGGCGUGUAAACUGAUCCCCGUGGAUCAGUUUAAGCCGUCCGACGUGGAGAUCCAGGCGUGCUUCCGGCACGAGAAUAUCGCCGAGUUGUACGGCGCCGUCCUGUGGGAUGAGACCGUGCACCUGUUCAUGGAGGCCGGUGAGGGAGGCUCCGUCCUGGAAAAGCUCGAGAGCUGUGGCCCCAUGCGAGAGUUCGAAAUUAUCUGGGUGACCAAGCACGUUCUCAAGGGGCUGGAUUUCCUGCACUCGAAGAGGGUGAUUCACCACGAUAUCAAACCCAGCAACAUUGUUUUCAUGUCCACAAAAGCCGUUCUGGUGGAUUUUGGCCUCAGUGUCCAAAUGACCGAAGACAUCUAUUUCCCUAAGGAUCUUCGGGGGACAGAGAUUUACAUGAGCCCGGAGGUGAUCCUUUGCAGAGGCCACUCCACCAAGGCGGACAUCUACAGCCUGGGCGCCACGCUUAUCCACAUGCAGACGGGCACACCACCCUGGGUGAAGCGCUACCCCCGCUCGGCCUACCCCUCCUACCUCUACAUAAUCCACAAGCAGGCGCCUCCCCUGGAAGACAUCACCCAGGACUGCAGCCCGGGCCUCAGGGAGCUGAUGGAAGCUGCGCUGGCCAGGAACCCGGCCCACCGCCCACAUGCCGCCGACCUUCUAAAGCACGAGGCUCUGAACCCGCCCAGGGAGGACCAGCCGCGCUGUCAGAGCCUCGACUCGGCCCUGCUGGAGCGCAAGAGGCUGCUGAGCCGGAAGGAGCUGGAGCUGGCUGAGAGCAUUACGGACUCUUCCUGCGUGGGGAGUACCGAGGAGUCGACGGAGAUGCUCAGGAGACAGCGCUCCCUGUACAUCGACCUGGGCGCCCUGGCGGGCUAUUUCAACCUUGUGCGGGGCCCACCCAUGCUGGAAUAUGGCUGACGGGUGCUGGUGUGUGCUGUCGGUCGGGACAGCAGCGGUCCCCUGGACGCUGGUGCUGCUGACCUCACAUGGACAGCGCUGCCUCGUGCUGUGUGGCAUCCCAGGGCCAGCGUGAGCUCCCACGGCAUGGGAACGUGGUUGCCCGUGGGAGUGAACUCAGCGGACGUGUGACAGAGGCUCCUUCGCGUGGGCCGGGUCUAAAGGUUCUCAUUUCUCAGGUGCUGGGACUCCAGAGUGGGAGGUGUUUGCCAAGUUCCCACAAGGAUGGUGGCUGCCAACAGCGUUCCACUCACUGUGCACUUUGCUAGGAAAUGUGAAAACCGCCCAUCCCAGGGAUAAUCCUCUUUCUUACGGCUGCUGUCCUCGAUUCUCACCUAACUAUGAGGUCUUCCCCGGACUCAGGCUGUUGUUUGUGUAUGUACCACGAUAACUCUGGGUGCUUGCUUCGGCAGCACGUAUACUAAAACUAAGGUAAUCUCGGGGCCUUUAUGGGUUGAAUUAAUAUAUUUUGGGUGAACGGGAUGGCUUGAAUACGGUUGCAAUAAGCUCUACUAGUGUCUCCCAUGUGGCUGUCUGGUGAGUUCAGAGCUACUGGACAGCCGGCCACUAGUGAUGGUUUGUGUUCUGUUCCUAUGGAAACACUUUGUACAUGCUAUGCUGAAAACAUUUGAAACGUGUGACGUUUUGAAUGUGGUUAGAACUGUGUAAACCACAUAAUUUCUGUACAUCCCAAAGGAUGAGAUUGUGACUUCGGAGAAAAUGGAAACUUUGGUAAAAUUUUUGGUUGAUGCUACUUUUAUCCUUUUAGGACUACCUUCUCUUCUGCGUUUGUAUAUUAAAAUGGCAUACUGUGUAUGUGUUAUGUCAAAUGCCUUUGUGGAUCUUUCUUAUGUAUAUACAUAGAUAUAGAUAUAUAGAUAUAUAUUUAACUUUGUAAAAGCCCAUGAGCAUUCCUGUUGAAGGGACAUAUUUACGACAGGCAAAUGAAACCCAAUGCUUUGGUCCAAUGUGACUGCUCAA